AUGGCGUCAACAACACAAAUGGCGCCAUUUCCGCAUCCGCUGCACAGCGUCAGCAGCAACAGCAACAACAAAAACUGCAGCAAAGCCGACAAGCGGCAGCAACAGACAAAAAUCUCACCACAAGCGCACCUGAGGCGUCGUCUCCACUGCAGUAACAACAACAAAAGCAACAACAACAACGAGGAUAACAACAAAACCACCAGCAACACCAUUAGAGCCACACUGUCAUUGUUUUGUCAGUUUCUCACGGUAUACUGCAUACUUCUAACGGCAAGCGGAAGCGUGCGAAUGGCACAAGCACAAGAUGAACCGCUUAGCGCCACUAACGCCGUGACCGCACCAGGCCAUCACGCGCAAUACUCCUACGCUGACGCCCUGCCGAGUGCAUUCCAUUGCCCAGCCGAAGGUUUAUACGCCGACGAUUACGACUGUCGUAUCUACUACCGCUGCGAAGCGAAAACAAAUGACUAUAUCAAAGCUUAUGCAUUCGCCUGCAAAUCUGGUACCGUAUUCUCGCGUAACCUGCGCCUCUGCAUGCCACCCCAACUGUCCGGCCGCGAGGAAUGCAGCGAUUACAUGAACGAAAUUGAUACGGACAAUGGCGAUAAUGGUGUUGAUGGCCAACAACUGCCGCUACUGACAUAUGGCAGUGCCAAUAACGGUAAUGGCACAUACGCGACCGCAAGCGAUACGGGUGCGAAUACCGACACCGAUGCUGCUUCAUUCGCUGCCGCUACCGCUGCGUCUGCCGCUGAAACUGCAACGCGUGGUCAAUUGCAAAAUUAUGGGCUGUCAGGUUUGGGUGGCGUUUCCGUAAUUUCCUUUUCCACAUCGGCGGCGCGUUCGGCGGGUGGCAAUGCCAUCGACGAACAGGGACCACCUUGCGAAGAUGACGGAUUUAUGAGCGAUCCAGACGACUGCACAAUCUUCUAUCGGUGCAUUUCGAAUGGUCGGACUUUCAAUAAAAUCGGUUUUCGUUGCUCGGACGGCACUGCGUGGGAUGCCGCAUUGGAAUCGUGUAACCACAUACACAACGUGCGUGCCAGUGGUGGAUGUAAAGGGAAGGCUGAUAAUUUAGUAUUGUCCGACUAUGACGCGGCUACAACUCAAUCAACGCAAACCAACUAUCAGAAUACAACAACUUCGAGCAGCAGUAGCCAGCAGAGUUCGACUAGCUCAUCCUCAAAUACGUCCUCAUCGUCAUCAUCUUCGUCCUCGUCGAACACUGCGAGUUCAAGUACGUCGAAUACCAGCGGUGCAGGUGGCAAUCAGCAGCAAACAAGCACUCAAUCAAGCAGCACUGAGAGUAAUUCAUCCAACCAGCAAUCGCAAUCAAGCACGCAGAGCUCAAGUUCAAGUAGUCAACAAUCAUCAACUUCGAGCACAAGUUCAACAUCUACAUCAAGUUCAAAUCAGGGCGCCAGUAGCAAUCAAUCAAGUGCCAACAAUCAAUCGAAUUCAAGCAAUCAGUCUGGCAGUAAUAGUUCUAAUAAUCAAUCUAGCUCAAACAAUCAAUCUAGUUCAAGCAAUCAAUCAGGUUCCAAUAGCCAAUCAGGAUCAAACAAUCAAUCUAGUAACACGGGGCAAUCAAGUUCAAGCAACCAGUCUAAUACAAAUAAUCAGUCUAGUUCUGGCAGCCAGUCAGCCACAAAUAAUCAAUCGAAUACCAGCAAUCAAACAGCCACGAACAAUCAGUCUUCUGGUAGUAGUUCUAGCAAUCAAUCUAGCUCAGGUAAUCAAUCAGGUUCAUCUAGCCAAUCUGGGUCUAAUAAUCAAUCUGCAAGUAACAAUCAAUCAAGUUCAAAUAAUCAAUCUAGUUCAAACAAUCAAUCUGGUAGCAACAAUCAAUCAAGCUCGAGUAACCAAUCUAAUUCAAACAAUCAAACAAGCUCGAGUAAUCAAUCUAGUUCUAACAACCAAUCCAGUGGCAAUAAACCCAAUACAGCCACCGAAUGUAAGAAUGACGAAACUUACAUUCCUGAUAAAGAGGAUUGUACAAAAUUCUACCGCUGUCGGGAUAAUGGCAAUGGUGGUUUAGAACAAGUGCCGUUUACAUGUGGACCCGGCACUGUUUGGAAUCAAGAUGAGAAAGUUUGUGACAUACCUACUAGCGAGCAGAAAGAAAAAUGUCAAGCGAUGCUAAACUUGGGUGGCCCUACAAACACCACCAGCAGCAGUAAUCAACAGUCGGAAAAUACACAAUCAGGUAGUGGUCAACAGAUCUCCAACAACCAGAGCACAGCGAGCAAUCAAACAACCUCUUCAAGCAAUCAAUCCUCUUCAAGCGGCAGUCAAACGAGUAGCUCAAGCCAAUCCACCUCAAGUGGCAAUCAGUCGAGUUCCUCCAACCAAUCCAAUAACAAUCAGUCGAAUCAACAGCAGUCCAAUAAUCAACAACAGCAGCAAACAAAUCAAACGACAACAACCCAAAAGCCCUCCAAUCCGGAAGGGGAUUGCAAAGACACUGAGACGUACUUAGCUGAUAAAUCGGACUGUCGUCGCUUCUAUCGUUGUGUCGAUAACGGCAAUGGAGGCUUUGAUAAGGUUGCUUUCGAUUGUGCGCCCGGUACAGUCUGGGAUCCAGAUGUCCUAGGUUGCAAUCAUCCGACGGAUGUGCAAAAAGAGCAAUGUCGCGUUAUGGCUGCUGGUGGUAGUAGUUCAAAUGCAACAUCAGGUCAACAAUCUUCGAAUAACAAUCAAUCUUCGAGUUCAAGCCAGCAGUCAUCUGGAAGCAAUCAAUCUAGUUCAAAUCAGCAGUCAUCUGGUAGUAGUCAGGCUGGUUCAAGUCAACAAUCGUCUGGCAGUAAUCAGUCCGGCUCCUCAAGCUCGACACAGGGAUCUUCAAACAAUGAGCAAUCAAGCACUUCAAGUAGUACAAGUUCAAGUCAACAAUCAUCUGGCAGUAAUCAGUCCGGCUCCUCAAGCUCAACAGGUUCAAGUGAACAAUCAUCUGGUAGUAAUCAAUCCGGCUCUUCAAGCUCAACACAGGGAUCUUCAAACAAUGAGCAAUCAAGCACUUCAAGUAGUACAGGUUCAAGUCAGCAAUCAUCUGGUAGCAAUCAGUCCGGCUCCUCAAGCUCGACUCAAGGAACUUCAAGCAAUGAGCAAUCAAGCACUUCAAGUAGUACAAGUUCAAGUCAGCAAUCAUCAUCAAGCAGCACACAGUCAAGCAGCAAUCAGGAGAAUUCAACAAAUCAAAGUACUACAACCUCACAAAGCUCUAGCAGCAGUCAAGGCUCCUCUACAACCCAAGGCUCUUCAACAACACAAGGUUCUUCAACCAGUCAACAGGGCACCACAACACAAGGCUCGAACAGCCAAGGUUCGACAACAACACAAGGUACAACUUCCACAACUACAACUCAAUCAAAGCCAUCAGGUAAUUGCGAUAGUAAAACAAAAUUUGUGGGUGACGAAAAGGAUUGCGCCAAAUUUUAUCGGUGUGUCGAUAAUGGUAAGGGCGGUUAUGAUAAAGUACCGUUUACCUGUGGACCCGGAACUGUUUGGGACAGCGCAAUCGUCGCCUGUAAUCAUCCGUGGGCGGUGAAAGAUAAAAGCUGCGGCACAGGAAGCCCCAGCCAGCAGUCACCAACCACGCAAACGACUCAAGCACCGCAAGUUUCAAGCACUACGGUUCCUCAGCAAUCUACAAAGCCACCCACACAAGUACAAAAGCCUACAACUUCACGGCCUACGCAAACUACUAAUCGUCCCGGUGAUAUCACACAGUCUCCCGUAAGUGCACCACCCACUGUAAGCACUCAGAGGCCAAUAGUGACGCCGGGUAUAUGCCGAACGGAAGGCUUUAUUGGAGAUCCCAAAGACUGCACCGUUUUCUAUCGUUGUGUAAGCAACGGUCAAGGUGGCUUUACACAAUAUCCGUUCAAGUGUGGAGAUGGCACAGUUUGGGACAACGAAUUACAAACAUGCAAUCACGACUUGAAUAUGUGUAAUUCAAAUCCUGGCACCGGUAAACCUACAACUACUCAAGGUCAAGCUACGACAACUUUAUCACCUUCGACCACGCCAAUCACAUCGCGACCCACCACCACUCAAGUGCAGACUUCGACGCAAACUCCAGCUUUUGAAUCAACCACACAGACUAUAUCGACGACAACCACAAACGAUGGACAACAAACAACUACGGUUAUAACUGAGAAACCAACCACAACUUCAACUCAACCCCCAUCGACAUGGACUACAACAGAGGCUAUUUCGACCACAUCGCCACCUACAAACCCUACGACCGGUGCUUCAACGCAACCUUCGACAACUGAAGGCGACUCGACAACAUUGCAGCCCACAUCAACCACGCCCAUACCGAAUUUACCUCCAGGACAAACAUGUCAAGGUGAAGGUUAUAUGGCUGAUCCAAUGAAUUGCAGAAAGUUCUAUCGUUGUGUUCGCGAUGGAGAUUCUUACACAAAAUAUGAAUUCACCUGUGCCAAGGGUACAGGCUGGAGCGAGGAUAAGCAAACUUGUGAUUACGCCACAAAUAUUAAGCGAUGUGAUGGACAAACCGAGGAACCGGAGACCUCAACCGUCACAACGGAAACCACCAUCGAAAGUUCUACCACAACGGUAACAGCCGAAAAACCGACCACAGAACAGAGCUCGACAACUACGACCGUAACGGAAAAACCAACCACAAUUCCAACGGAAACCACCACAGUCCCGUCGUCAACGGCCUGGACAACAAGUGGAAUACCAUCGACAUGGAGCACAGAGGCUGAGGAUGACUCUACAACAACAUCACAACCAACAUCGACCACACCUAUACCGAAUUUACCACCAGGACAAACUUGCCAAGGCGAAGGCUAUAUGGCUGAUCCAUUAAACUGCAGAAAGUUCUAUCGUUGUGUUCGCGAAGGGGAUUCAUACACGAAAUAUGAGUUCACCUGUGCCAAGGGUACAGGUUGGAGCGAGGAUAAGCAAACUUGUGACUACGCGGCUAAUAUUGAACGGUGUGAAGGUCAAACCGAGGAACCGGGGACCUCGACCGUCACUACGGAAACCACCAUCGAAAGUUCCACCACUACGGUAACAGCCGAAAAACCAACCACAGAAGAGAGCACGACAACUACGAUCGUAACAGAAAAACCGACCACAGAAGAAAGCUCGACAACUACGUCCGUAACAGAAAAACCGACCACAGCUCCAACGCAAACCACCACGGUCCAAACAUCAACAGCAUGGACUACAACGGAGAUACCUUCGACUACGACUUCCACAUCCACAUGGAGCACAGAAGCUGGAGAUGACUCUACGACAACAUCACUACCAGUAUCGACUACGCCGGUACCGAAUUUACCACCAGGACAAACUUGCCACGGUGAAGGCUAUAUGGCAGAUCCAAUGAAUUGCAGAAAGUUCUAUCGUUGUGUUCGUGAAGGGGACUCAUACACGAAAUAUGAAUUCACUUGUGCCAAGGGCACAGGUUGGAGCGAGGAUAAGCAAACUUGUGACUACGCGACAAAUAUUGAACGGUGUGAAGGACAAACCGAGGAGCCUGAAAACUCAACCGUUACUACAGAAGCCCCAGUCGAAGGUUCUACUACUACAGUUACACAAGGAAAACCAACCACAGAAGAGAGUUCGACAACUACGACCUUAACGGAAAAACCAACCACAGAAGAGAGCUCGACAACUACGACCGUAACGGAAAAACCGACCACUGUUCCAGCGCAAACCACCACGGUCCAAACGUCAACAACAUGGACUACAACGGAGAUACCUUCGACUACGACUACCACAUCGACAUGGAGCACAGAAGUUGGGGAUGACUCUACAACAACAUCACAACCGAUAUCGACUACACCUAUACCGAAUUUACCACCAGGACAAACUUGCGAAGGCGAAGGUUAUAUGGCAGAUCCAAUGAAUUGCAAGAAGUUCUAUCGUUGUGUUCGCGAAGGGGAUGGAUACACAAGAUAUGAAUUCACUUGUGCCAAGGGUACAGGUUGGAGCGAGGAUAAGCAAACUUGUGACUACGCGGCUAAUAUUGAACGGUGUGAAGGACAAACUGAAGAACCUGAAACGUCUACCCUUCCUACAGAAACCACAUUGGAUACUUCAACAACGACUAAACCCACUGAAUGGACAACAACUACACAAUCGAUACAAACAACAACAAUACCCGACUCUACUACACAGCAACCAACAACAAUAGAAACAUCAACACUUCCAGAAAGUUCCAGUGCCACUGAAAGCUCGAGCACCAAUUUACCGGAAACGACCACAACAGUACAACCACAAACGACUACGACCAUUCCAACGGAUACAACACAGUACCCAGUCACUUCAAAGCCGGGCUAUAAGCCCACCACAGAUAAACCGGUUACCGAUUCUACCACAACUCCGACGACUACCGAAGAAUAUCCGAGCACAACAGCCGAACCAGUUAAUCAUGUCUGCACCAAUGAAGGAUUCUACCCCGAUCCACAGGAUUGCAAUCGUUAUUAUCGUUGUGUUGACGCAAGUAAGAACGGUAAAUAUCAAAUUUACAGCUUCCGAUGUCCGGACGGUACCGUUUGGGACACAUCGCUAGAGACAUGCAACUUCCCCGACAGUGUGUCGGGUAAUUGCUCAAGUGCUUCAGGCACAACAACAGAGGGUGCUACAACGGAGUGGACGACCACUAGUCCUACCGAAAAACCCACUGAGAAGCCAGAUAAACCAACCACGGAGCAAACAACUACCGAUGAACCAACAACAGUACCUACAACUCCAACCACAGAACAAUCUACAACAACAACACAAGAGCCAUCAACAGAACCGACUUCUACAACGGUGAUCACAACCACUAAUGAACCAAGCACAACGACUGAAAUAUAUUCCACCACGGAACAGUCCACCAUCCCACCAACAACAACAACUGAGUCAGUAACAACAAUAAAACCGGGCCCUGCUACAAAUGACAGCUCUCCCUGUCCCCAAACUGGCGAAGGUCAAAAUACUUUUGUCUGUCCAACCGGCUUCCGCCGGCAUCCGAAGAGUUGUGACUUAUUCUAUCAAUGUACUGAGAAAGCCGAAAGCUACGAUUUGGCAAUAACCGUUUUCGAGUGUCCCAAAGGCACAGUGUAUCAUGAACAGCGUAACCUUUGCGAUAAGCCCACUAAAAGUGAUAACUGUCUGAAGAAAUCGAUAACGCGAUCGGGUCUCUACGACGACCAGAUAAGACUCAUGAAUAUGAUAAAAAUUCGCUCAGUCGGCGAAUCACUGUGCCCCAACGAAGGCCACUUUGCACUAAACAAGGACGAAUGCAGUCAACUCUUCAUCAAAUGUGCUCACUCGUCGACGACGGGUCGGCUGGAAGGCCAAGUCUACCGCUGCUCGCAAGGUUUCGCCUAUUGGGCCGUUAGUCGACGCUGCGAACGUGCACAGAAACUGCUCAAUUGCACACCAGCUAAAUAUGAGACCGGCGGCGAUUUGCCCGUAGAAUGGGCGAACAUAGGCAAUCGACGCAGAAAUCUGAAAAUUUAAGCUUGACACUGAAUAUGAAAAA